AUGGACGAUUGUUGCGGAGAGGUCCAGUUGACAGCCUUACGGCUCCCAAAAAUCGGGAUGAUUAUCCGGAACCGCGAGGGUGGAUACGAGUGUGGCCCCUUACCGGGAAUCGGUGGCCCAUUCGACACAGCAACCGCGUUCUUCGAGGCAUGGGCCGAUACCAUGAAGUUUAAGUGGGACAAAGAGACGAUCACAAGCAUGAUGCAGAGAGGUCCAAUCUCAGCGGAACAGAUGAUUGCAAUUAUCGAGAACUUGCCUUCGCAGGUCAAAGCGAUAGCUAGCCGGCUGUCCGUGUGCAGUGAAGGGCCAUUCCCUCUGGCACAUGAUGACUUUUAUCAUAGUAACAUCAUGGUCAAUGAGAAUAGCUUCGAGGUAACGGGAAUCAUUGACUGGGAAGGCGCAUUUACGGUUCCCUAUGAGCUCAUCAUGUUCCCCGAAAUCCUUGCAUUCAUGCCCGUCUCCUUCGGCCUCCCUGAGACCUAA